CUCAACAGUUAAAUACAGCUCGGUUGUCUCUGACAUUCGAUACACGUCAGAAACUUGUGCGUAUUUUGGAGAACUACUGCAGAAAUGGUGCUAAAAGCCGUGUGUGUGCUGAAAGGAGCCGGAGAAACCAGCGGGACCGUUCACUUCGAGCAGGAGAGCGAUUCAGCCCCUGUGAAGGUGACAGGAAAGAUCGCGGGUCUUGCCCCUGGUGAGCAUGGAUUCCACGUUCAUUCUUUUGGAGACAACACAAACGGGUGCAUGAGUGCAGGACCUCACUUCAAUCCCCACGGCAAGGAUCAUGCUGGUCCUACUGAUGCAGACAGGCAUGUUGGAGACCUGGGGAAUGUGACUGCUGGAGCAGAUAAGGUUGCUGAGAUAAACAUCUCUGACAAGAUGCUCACCCUCAAUGGCCCCUACUCCAUUAUUGGCCGAACCAUGGUGAUCCAUGAGAAGGCUGACGAUCUUGGAAAAGGAGGCAACGAUGAGAGUCUAAAGACGGGCAAUGCUGGUGGACGUCUGGCCUGUGGAGUCAUUGGCAUCUGCGCGUAAAAAAAACAUCUGCCAAAACUAAAAGCACUGGAAAUGGCUUUCCCCCCAUAGCACUUAAUAAGACCAAUAUAGCUACUUAAUGUGACAGUGUUUCCUUUUUUCAAUACUCUGUCGCUUCGUACUCGCCAUUUAAUGGCGUAGAAGAGCCAUGCUAUACUAUACUGUCCCUUUGUGAUGAAGAUUGUCUGUAUGGAUUUGUGUCUGUUGACUAGUUUUGUCCCAAAGAGUUAGUUACGCACAAGUAAAACAGUUGUAUACAACUUAAAAAGUUCAUCAAUAAAACGUCUGUUGACUCGAA